GCGGCACCAACGGCACCAGCGGCGGCCGCUGCCCUUCCCGGGCCCGCUGCCCGGCUGGCGGGAGGCGAAUCCCGUCCCUACGGGCGGGGGAUUAAAGCGGGUUGAAUGAAUAAAUAAAUGACGGUGUGGGGUUGAGCACGGCAGGGCGGGGGGAAAGAGGCCGGUGGGAGGAAAGGGGCAGCCGGAUGAGCUCAGCCCGGCGGGGCUGCGCGGCGGCCGCGGCCGCCCAUUGGGUGGGAGCGCGUCGUGCAGUCGGAUAUCGGAGACGGAGGAGAUGCCGAGGGGGGGAUUGAGAAGCCGCCCUCCGCCCCAGGCGGCCCGGGGCACACGCUGCCCGCCAGGUCCGCUGUCCGGGGCAGCCCGCCAGAUGCCUCCUCCUGCCGUGAUGCUCCCUGUGAUUUGUGCCAUUCCCCAAGGACAAAAUGGAGAGAUCCUUGGUUUGGGCAGUUCCGCUGUGGCUCCUCCACCAGCCUUCCUCCCAGCUGCUCGCGCCAGAAACAAAGCCAGGUUGUAACCCAUGGCAGCUGACAGGGCCACCAAAGCUCUUUAAAGAUGAUGAUAUUGAAGAGGGUGAUCUUCCUGAACAUAAAAGGCCUCCAGCACCGAUAGAUUUCUCAAAAAUUGAUCCAGGCAAGCCUGAAAGCAUCCUGAAGCUGACGAAAAAGGGGAAGACUUUGAUGAUGUUUGUUACAGUGUCGGGAAAUCCCACAGAAAAGGAGACGGAAGAAAUUACGAGCUUGUGGCAGGGCAGUCUCUUCAAUGCCAACUAUGACGUGCAAAGGUUUAUUGUUGGCUCAAAUCGCGCCAUCUUCAUGCUGCGUGAUGGUGGUUAUGCCUGGGAGAUCAAAGACUUUCUGAUAAGUCAAGAAAGGUGCGCGGAUGUUACUCUGGAAGGUCAAGUUUAUCCUGGCAAAGGAGCAGAAGAAAGCGAGAAAGUGAAAAACAAAACCAAACCUGAAAAAGCAAAGAAGAAAAAAGACGCAGACAAGAAAUCUGAUAGCAUCAAAGAGGACAACCGAGCAACCAAACAGAGAGAGGAUCUAUGACGGACACAUUAACCAGACUGACCACUGCUCUGCCGUUCCUUGAAGGGAAACUAAUAUUCCAUACAAUUCUUGGCUUUACUGGGCGGGGAGGGGGAAAGAAGCAGAGAGUACUGAGCUUAAAAGACUUUUAUGUUGAAGCACACCGGUUUACUUAUUAAUGUUGGCGUUUGUUUAGUUACAGGAAAGGUAAUGUUUAAUACCAGCGAUUGACUACUUUAGUUUGUCAUUUUUUCUGCUUUUGUUUUUGUUUAAAAUUAACAUACAACUGCACGCGUCUAACAUCAUGAAUUUAAUUUAAAGUGGAAAAGAAGAAAUACAAUCUCAGAAUACACCGAUGUUCAUCUGUAGUAACCAUGUCCAUCUUGGGUACGUAAGUUGGUCAUAGAUUCAGAGCUGCUGUCAGGUAGCAGAAUACAGUGCUAAAAGAUUCUCUUGGACACCGGUUUGCUAGACUCAGUUUGCAAAACAGCCUAAAAUUGCAAAUAAUAGUGUUACAAUGGCCAAAGGUGCCUGAAAUUAUGGCAUUUAGGGCAUGUCUAGUUAGACAGCCUGUUUCUUUAAAAUAAAACCCAUUCUGUGUGUCCGCACAAAUGCACGGAAGCGCUUAGAAGUGCGGUAGGAGCUAAGGCAGAUGCGUGGCUAAUGCACCCCAAAUCACUGCAGAAAGGAGAUUCUGUACCCGCCAGAAGCGAUGCUGGGAUGUUACUGGAAUUACAGUUCCCACAUGGGCAGUGUCAGGGAGAGAAGGAGCAGUCAAAUUCUUGUCAUUCGGGUUGCUAUUGCUGCCAGAGAACUGAGCCUGCGGAAACAAGUGUUAAGUAUUCCCCAUUAUCUAGACAGUGAGCUAGAAGAAAUCGCUUUAACUCUGAGAUUAAUUUGUUUAAUUGGUUUAAGGGUUUGCUUAAGUCUUUGAAAAAGCACUCGUUACAGUACAGAGUUAGACUUUGAGUUAGAUGUAUUAGUUACUGAUGUUGUAUGACCAGGUAUACUUUUUUGGGUACAGAUUCCUGGAUUGACAUGGUUGAUUAUAAAUGAACAUUGGAUUUAAAUACUGUAAUUCGCAUGUAUGGGAGCAAAUUUGAUUUCUUCUCCGAAGGUUUUGAAUAAUUGGGAAGGCUGUAUUGUAUUAAGAUUGUAUUCAAUCAAAUGCAUCACUUAGAAUUGUUUUCCUUCUGCCUUACUAUGCGUUAAGGACUCAAUGCACCAAGUAUUUAUGGUCCAUGUCAUUUUCCAGGGGAUGAGCACAGUAUUAACUGUCUUCAUUCGAUGCUACUAAGAUAUUACUUUGAUUCUUUAUUGAAGGUGCUAAAAUCCAAGUGUUUUGGAUAAAAGGUCCUAAUUGAACCAUAAUGGUUGAUCUUGUGGAAUAUUUCAGUAUCAAAAGUGGAGAAACUAUGACUUACUGAGUGCUUGUUCAAAAUAAAAGAUGUCACUAAA